AUGAGUUCCAAAAGGCUGUUUUCUUGGUCGAAACGUCAAUCCAAUGCGGAGCCGUACUACAAAACAGGUGGCCUGCUGCCCAUCGACACCAUAGGCAACGAGCCCAGCAACACUACAGAAGCAAAGGUAUGGGACACCCAGAAGGCACGAAGGCGCCCCUCCAACCUCACCAUAAUCCCUCCGGACUCCCAGCAGUUCACGUCAAGCCCCCUGUCGUCUCCAUACAAUGCCGCCCUUGUCAGCUCCACGUCCAAUCUCAUGGCUAUCUUCAAUGAUAUGCUGCGCUCACCGGCAUUGAGCGUUGCCGCCUGCCCAAAAUCUGCUUCCAUACAUAAGCCUCUGCCUACUCGACCACGCUCAAGCUCCGUACCAUCAACUCCAGAUCUACCGGUCGAGUUGCCUGGAUCCCUUCUACAACACAACCAGGGCUUCCCAGAUCUUGACACUCCGGACUUUGCGCCGAGUCGUCCCACCUCGCAGAACGUUCGACGAGAAACCCACCCACCUGAUAGAUAUCCUGAAGAUGAAGGCGACGUUUUUGACCUGUUGCACUUGUUUCCCGAACCGCUGAACCACUCCAAGAGCGUACCAAGUCUGAAUGCUGAGUAUCGAGAGAGCGCGAUGAAGUCUUCACGUAUCGGGGCUGCUUCCAAUGCGAGCGCCAUCGGCAAGUCCAAACACCAUAGAGUGCACCAUAGAAAAGCACUGAGCGACAUCGAAUGGCGCACGAUUGCAGACUCGAACACGGCCAACGACAGCAACGCCGCUGUAUCUUUGAGUGCCUCAGGGCAUGGCAAUGCCAGUAACGACUCGAACAAGUCGCGCAUAGACUCUAGCAAGCUGCUACAGCUAUCGCCGCUGAUGUUCGAAGCGGCAGCCUCAGACAAACCUUUUGAGAGACGCGCAAGCCGCCGAGAUGAUCUUGGCGCCUCCCUCACUCCUACGCCAACGACAUCGCGCAGCAAACACACCGAGGACCUGAAGGCUACUAUUGCAACGCAAGACCAGACGAUAUCGACAUUACAAUCACAGUUUGGCAGUUUGAGAUCGUCACACGAAGCUUACGUGUCGAGCCUUGCAGAAGCGCACGCUGCAGAGGUUGCGUCAUUACGGAACUACGCAAGACUAUUGGAAGAACAACUGGCACAGCGUCCAAGCCUGCACCACGGUGAGUCUGACGCGCAUCUAGCUUCAAGCAAUAACCUCCUGCUUCUUUUGGAUACAACCGAUCUUCCCUCCACACCCAGCCGUGAGGGCUCACAGCACACAGCAGGCACAUCUGCCAGCUCGACCUUGUCGUUUCGCAGCGCGCCAGAAAAACAACAGCGAUCACUUGGACGAUCACAAAACAGCCCAGACAUGGAGAGCCUGAAACGCAAGCUGAGCACUACGCGUCGGCCGCAGACCGCGGACCGCAACCUUCUACCCGAGCUCAACCAAUACAAGCAGAACAAUGUUGCAUUGCAAACACAGAUCAGCUCGUUGAUGGCGAAAUUGAACGACUCUAAAAAAAGCGAGAAGGCGUUAAGGGCAACCCUGCAAGAUGUCGAACAAAAGUGCGCGGAAGCCGAGAGCAAGACAAGCGAAGCUCAACAACUUGCGUCGCGCGCACAAGCACUGCAGAACACCAUUGACCAUCUCGAGAGCCGGCUUGAGAUCGCGAACACCGAGAAGCUUGAUGCGCAAGAAGAGCUAUUCAACAUGCGAGCAUUGAAGUCACCAUUUGACACUCAGUUUCCAGAGCUGCAAAUGCCAGUGCAGGAUGCUCACGAAAGCAUGGACACCGUCUUCUCGACCGACUCGCAACCAGGCCGCCAGCGCAAUUCAACUGCAACAUUGUCUAGAUUUGUCGCACAUAUCGAGCGGCUUCAGGAUGAGAUCAGGCAGAAAGACGCUUACAUUUCCGAACUGGAAGGAGACAGCACACAACUGCGACAGAUGCUCGAUCAAGUGAACCAGCAAUGUGACGAGAUCAACUUACAAUUGGACAUUCAAAACGAGCUUUUAGGGAAGACAAAAGAGACGGAUGCACAUAUCAGACAGCUACGGACUGCAGUCCUGGAACGAGAGGCUGUCAUUGGGGAAAAAGAGAAAUCAGUCCGUGCAGUCGAAAGGCAACUAGAACACCACGAGCUCCUGUUGCAAGCAGAGAUACGGAAACACGCAACAACAGCUCGAUACUUCACUGAUGAGACUGACCCGCUACCCGAGCUAACUACUCUUGCAACCAAGAAGGACAUCGACAGGUGGAUCCAGAAGCUCAAUCAGCGCUUACGAAAAGCAAAGCCCAUGAGUCCAGCCAAGGAACCGGCGUCCGCGGCCGAGGCGCAGAUUGAAGACCUGCGCAACGAGAUCGACUUCUAUGUGCGAGAGAUCAUCUACUACAAGUUGGAUAUUAGAGGUUACAAGAGCGACAUCAAGAAGCUCAACAGGAUCACGGCGCAGCUAGGCAGUUAUGGAAACAGGACUGGUGACCUUGACUCUGAUACAUCAUCGCUGCGACCGGCACCUACUCCAAGCCGUGCGCGCUUCUUGUCGACGACACCAGAGUUGAAGAGCUCAGAGCACCCGUCACCUGCUUUGACUGGUCCCCUCACCGCAAAUAUGGGAUCCACUCGUGCCUUGACGCCGCCGCCAUCGACGACUGCCGACAGCCCGAAUACUUCGCCAUCACAGACGGCGAAUCAAACAUCGGAUGACCUCGAAGAA